AUGUAAAGAUAUCGAUCAUCACCAAUUGAAUUUGGAGGAGCUUUAAAAUUUAAAUUUAAAAAUGAAAAAGGGUGUCAAACCCUGGCUUUUUUCUUUAAAAGCAAUGUAUUUAUCAGGUUUACAGAGGAGAAGGAGACUCUGAAAGAAAGGAGGUGA